AUGCCCACGUUGAACGGUGAAGAAGUCUUAGUGGGUGGAAAUUAUUUAGUACGUGGGAGACGAGGUUGUUGGCGUCAUGCUACUGUACUAGACAAACGACAAGGGGAAGAUGGCACUCUAGAACUGUAUCUGCAUUUCGAAGGGGAUGACAGAAGACUUGAUCAUUGGCUGGAUUCAAGCAGGCUCAAAUUUCGCAAUCAAGCAAGCAAGCGAAUCACAUCAGCAUAUGAAAUGAGAGAGAAGAGAAUAAGAAGAGCAAAGGAAAGCUCUCCAAACAGUGCCAGCUUGGACUAUGCGGAAAUUUUAGAGGAGCAACACAAAGAGGCGACAAAGGUGAAAUAUAUUGAAGUCGUGCGCUAUGGUGAAUUCGAAAUGGACACUUGGUAUUUUUCUCCAUAUCCGGAUGAGUAUGGAAAAGAAAGAUAUUUGUUUAUCUGUGACAAGUGUUUCCUAUACAUGCGACAAGAGAGAGCCUUCAAGAUGCAUUUGAGUUCUUGCACUGCUAAACAUCCUCCGGGAAGAGAGAUUUACGUGGACUAUUCUGAAAACAUUGCCGUUUACGAGGUAGACGGUGAAAAAGAAAAGGUAUCUGAGUCUUGUACUGCUCAUUGUUCGCACAGUUUCCUGAAGAAUUCCCCCCAAUGUGAACCUCGACCGGUUGGCUAUUUUUCGAAAGAACGUACAUCACCUGAUGGCAACAAUUUAAGCUGUCUACUCGUGUUUCCGGCUUUUCAACGGCAGGGCUUUGGAAGUUUUCUGAUUCAGUUGAGUUACGAACUUUCUCGCCGUGAAGGUAUACAAGGAUCCCCUGAAAAGCCAUUAUCCGAUCUCGGCGCUGCGAGUUUUCGCCACUAUUGGGCAUAUCUCAUCGUUGAAUACCUUUCUGGCUUCAUGGAUACUGCGUGGAUACGAGUUUCUGAAUUGGCGAAGACUUUGGGCAUGCAAGCGGAGGAUGUUGUGGAUACUCUUCACUGGCUGCGAAUAUGCGAUCCAGCAGUGAUGUCUGAAGCACCGGAUGAUCUCGAGCUCUGGGUGCAUGUCUAUAUUAAAAAGUUGGAUUCUUUGCGAACUAAUGCUGCAAAACCACCACGUCUAAUGAUAAAUCCUCGUUUACUUCAUUGGCGACCCAAAACCUAG